CUUGUAACAAUGCCGCGCUACUUGCACCCCGGAGGAUCGGGAGACAGCUGAGACUGACUGUUGCUUGACCAGCUGUUGAGGUUCACCUCGCUCCUCUCACCUGCUACGCCUGAUAUAUUCUUCAGCAGCAUGGAUUUUAACAAGCAGGUACAGCGGAUGAUAGCUUUUAUUGACCAAGAAGGCGAUGAAAAGACGGUGGAGAUAGAAUUGAAAGGUGACGAGGAAGCUAACUGCUCCUUAGGAAACAUGAUCAACAAAGAGAGGAUAAAGAUUAACAAUUAUUAUACCAAACUCGAGGGCAUCGUUGAGAAGCAGAGGGUAGUACAGGUGUCAAUGCUAGCCAAUGAUGCAAGGAUGCACAUCCUCAUAUUAAAAGAAAGGAGACUGGAGGCUCUGUUUAGUGAAGUUUAUUUAAAGAUAAAAGAGGAUAUAAAUAAUAUAAGCUUUUACAAGAAGAUUUUCAAACUACUUGUUCUUCAAGCACUUUGUCUUAUGAUGGAAAAGAAUGUUGGAAUUCGCAUCAGGAAAAAAGAUAAGGCUCUUAUAAAAGAGUUGAUACCACAAAUUGUGGACGAAUUUGAAGAAAUGUCACGUAUGAGGGUGCGAUUCGAAGUGGAUGGUCGAGUGUUUUUGGACGACAACUCCCUUGGAGGCAUAGUGAUGUAUUCCAAUUGUGGGUGUGUCAAGGUAGAGAAUACGAUCCGGUCUAGGCUUGGUCUCAUCAGAAACUUAGUUUCAUCCUUUUUGAGGAAUCAACUCUUUGGCUCCAAUCCACACCGGAAGUUCAGUGACUAGGAGGACAUACUGCUACUUCACAAUGGUCACAAGGAUACCAAAUAAUUGCUGUUCAAGAUGAAUGAUUUACUGCGUGGGACCACUUUCACAAUUUUCUAUCAAGAACGGAAUCAAUUGUAAAGAACAACAUGUAAAUUUAUAAUAAAUACAUUCUGUAUUGGUAAAAAUUAGCAGUUGUCAUUAUUUUUAUAUAUCUUUUAAAUAAACUCACAUCUGUCAAAAAUUUUGUGUAAUAAAUUAGAAGUCAC